GGAUUCAGAACAUUCUGGGUCGUAGAGAACUCUUCCAUUGUUCAUCUUCUAAUUUCUUGUUUGUUAAGUCUUGUUCUUCUUCUGGCGGUGAAAUUUCUUAUACAAGAACUGAAAGAUCUUCAUUUCCCAUAGCUUCUCUGAAUUUCAUUUCUGUUUCUACAAUGUCUUCUCCUGCCGAAUUUUACAACUCUCUUCCACCUAUUAGUAAGGCGUAUGGAACUCUGUGCCUUUUGGCAACUACAGCCUUUCAACUUGGCUUGUACGAUCCCAUGCUUAUUGCGUUGGAUUAUGGACUUGUGUUCAAGCAUUUUCAGGUGUGGAGGUUAUUCACAAACUUUUUCUUCCUAGGAAAAUUCUCUAUCAAUUUUGGAAUUCGCUUAUUAAUGAUAGCAAGAUAUGGGGUUCAACUUGAGAAUGGACCAUUUCAGAGGCGAACAGCAGAUUUUCUAUGGAUGAUGAUAUUUGGAGGCUUGACAUUAUUGGUACUUGCUGCUAUCCCAAUCUUCCGGUUUCCAGUCUUAGGGAUAUCACUUGUGUUUAUGCUUCUCUAUGUCUGGAGUAGAGAAUUUCCUAAUGCACAAAUCAAUAUAUAUGGCCUUGUAACUCUUAAGGCAUUUUAUCUGCCAUGGGCCAUGCUAGCACUGGAUGUCAUUUUCGGUUCACCCCUUGUACCUGAUUUACUCGGAAUCCUAGCGGGGCAUUUGUACUACUUUUUGACCGUGUUGCAUCCGCUGGCAGGCGGAAAGAACAUAUUGAGAACCCCAUUUUGGAUACAGAGGUUAGUCUCAAGGUGGAGGAUAGGUGCUCCACCAAUGCAACGUGCGGCAGUGCCUGAUGAUAGGGGUACGAGUGGGGCUUUCAGAGGGAGGUCAUAUCGGCUUAAUGGCUAAACAGCUAUCUGUAUAAGAAACAAACAUGGUCAAUCCUCUUAACACUGGAGAUUUUCAGAUUGUGCCGCCAACAUGAAGAGGUAAAGAUUGGGCUGAAGAAUUUGAUUAGGUUCAAAAUAGUUGGUCUCGAGAAAUAUUUGUUCCAUGCUUAGUGAUCAGUAAGUGCUUAUGUUUCUUCGUUGAAGGAAUUUGGAUUCGGAAGGAGAUUUUGAAAACGUGAUAUUUCUGACUCGAGUUUCGCUUCGAGACACUUCUUCUGAACUCUGUUAUCGAAUAAAAAUCCAAACUGUUCUCAAUC